AUGGCCCAGUCCGGCAGCGUGCAUUGGUCGUCGGUGCCCUCGGCUGAGGACCUUGCCGGCGAUGUCGGCGAGUCCGCAUUCGGCGUUUGCAGCGGUGCGGCCAGCGGCGGCGCUUCUGGCAGCCGGACGUCCAAUCGGGGUGCGGAGCCGCUGCGGCCGCAGCGCAUAGAGCUGCCGAGCUACCUGAACACCCCGGCGCGCAGGCCCGGCGGGGAGCCCCUGUCAGACCAGGAGCAGAUGGUGGCGCUCAAGAGGAUCCAGGACCUGGAGCUCCUUGCCCAGGCCUGCAGGCGGUCCUCGAAGGGAAAAGAAGAGGGCCGCGCUCACUUCUCGCUUGGGGUGAUGCGGGACAACCUUGGGCACUACCAGAAGGCUAUCGAGUCGUACAACCAUUCUUGCGAGUGUGCGCGGCGUGUGGGGACUCCCAGGGUUGCGGGCUCGCCUACCACUGCAUCGGCGUCGAUUGGCAGCUGCUGGCGGAGCGCGCCGCGGGGGACGGCAGCGGCCUUCCCCGCGGCAGCGGGAGCUGGGAGGCGAGGGCCGAGAUGUUGCGGAGGGCGAUCUCCUUCCACAACAGGCACCGAGAAGAUGCCGACAGCGUCGGCAAGUUCGUGGCCCAUCUCAACAUUGGCCUCGCCAACGCUCUGCUCGGGGAAAGGGAGGCCUCCACCGUGA